AUGCUGCCCUACCUGUUUCCUGGGCUGUCCACCUUUGACAUAGUUGCCGAUCUCAUCACCCACCUUCGCACUAGUGACACUCGCCUUCGCGCCGCCCUCCCCAAAGACUUCGUAGCUACGAACCCGCCUCCGAUGGACCACUUUCUCGCUCGCUGUCCCACCGAGCUCACUGUCGACCUCCUAGAGGAGCGACUCCUUGCAGCAGAGAAGAGCAUUGUCGCUGUAGGUGCUGCUCGUGGCGCUCCUCGCACCCCCCUAUUUGACGGGAGCUCUCCCUCUCCCUCGCCCCCUCCUUCGCUACUGCUGCUGCUGUUGACUUCCUUGGUGCUGAGUCUGCUGGUGCUGCUUCUGCUCCUAGUGGGAGGCGCCGCAACGGCAAGGGCAAGGGAGCCAAGGGUAGCGGAGGUGGCACCGGGGGGGGUGGUGGUGGAGGCGGUGGAGGAGGAGGAGGUGGCGGAGGGAGUGGUGGCGGGAGUGCUAGCGGGAGUGGUAGCGUCGGUAGUGGCGGCGGAGGGGGUGGCGGCGGCGGUGGCGGCGGCGGUGGCGGCCAGGGGGGUGGUGGCGGCGGCGGUGGCGGCCAGGGGGGUGGUGGCGGCGGCGGUGGCGGCGGCGAUGGAGGCGCUGGCGCUGGCCAGAGACAGCAGCAGCAGCAGCGUCCCCAUACAUCCCGGCAGCUUCGUGAGUGGCUUGCUCAGCGUGGGACGUCUGGGGGUAGUGGUCGCUGCCCGUAUGUCAUUCGCACAGGUGACCGCAAGGGUCGGACAUGCAACAAGUUUCACACCCAGCACCGCUGCUUCUCCCGCCUUGAUGAUGUGUUGUGAGGAGAUGGGCGAGGAGGUUGAGCGCCCUCACUUGCAUGAGCUGCUUAGGGCUGGUGUAGACAUCUUUGCUCUUGACUAUGAUGCUAUUAUUGCUGCCAUGUAUGCAUUGGAGGUUAGUGCUGACGGUGACUGUUACUUGUGUGUGCCGCCUGACCUAGGUAUAGAGCCCGCUGCCCUAGGUGCUAGCGAGUCUGCUCUCUCAGGUACUGCGCCUGCUGAGGCCUUGCACACUUUAACGAUUGACUCAGGUGCUUCCCGUUGUUUCUUUCGUGACAAUACUCCACUCACACCACUCACUGCGCCUGAGGCAUUCUCUCUGGUUGACCCCUCAGGGGGCCCAGUUCUUGCACGGUCCACCACUGUGCUCCCGUGCCCCGCGGUUCCGUCUGGCUCACUGUCAGGCCUCCACCUCCCCUCGUUCUCUACGAACUUGGUGAGCGACGCAUUCCUCCAAGAUGAAUUGGUUAAUACCUUUACCCCUGGAGGACAGCGUGUGGCGAUCCGCACGUGUGCCCGGACGGGCCGUCACCUGGCCACUUUUUACCCGUCGGCCAGGGUCGAGCCUUUACACACUGACGACUGCGCCUCCUCAGGUAGCUGCUACUGGUCUCUCCCUCCCCUCCCUUCCUCGCCUGCGCCGCCUUGCCUUCCUUGUGUCGAGGGGCGGCAGCGCGCCGCUCCUCACUCCUCCUCGUUUCCCCCGACAGAGGCUCCUCUGCAGACCCUCCACAUGGACGUGUGGGGCCCAGCCCGCGUUUGUGGACAGGGCGGCGAGCGGUACUUUCUGCUAGUUGUCGAGGACUACUCGCGUUACACCACGGUCUUCCCCUUGCGCACCAAGGGUGAGGUCCCUGCUGUCUUGAUCCCUCGGAUCCACGCAGCUCGUCUCCAGCUCCGCCGCAGGUUCCAGACGGACCUUCCUGUCCUGCGACUACACUCCGACAGAGGUGGUGAGUUCUCCUCCAACCUCUUGCGGGCCUUCUGUCAGGGGGAGGGCAUCCUCCAGUCGUUCACGCUUCCGGGCUCACCGCAGCAGAAUGGGGUUGCUGAGCGCCGCAUUGGCUUGGUCAUGGAGAUCGCUCGUACCUCCUUGAUCCAUGCGGCGGCUCCCCAUUUUCUGUGGCCGUUUGCGGUCCGGUACGCUACGCAGCAGCUCAAACUCUGGCCACGUGUCUCCUUGCCGGAGACCUCGCCCACACUGCGUUGGACGGGAGAGGUUGGCGAUGCGUCGGUGUUUCGGGUCUGGGGUGCUCGUGCCCUUGUCCGCGAUACGUCCGCGGACAAGCUCUCCUCUCGCACCAAUCCUUGUGUCUUCCUCGGCUUCCCCCCCGACGCUCCUGGCUGGCAGUUUUACCACCCCACCUUGCGCCGUGUCCUGUCCUCUCAGGACGUCACGUUUGACGAGUCGGUUCCUUUCUACCGUCUCUUCCCCUACCGCACUGCUCCUCUGCCUCCUUGCCGAUUUUCCUCACUCCAGGUCCCUCCGGUAGACCCCCUUCCCCCUCAGGGUCCUGCUCCUUCAGCGACUCAGGUGCUGCUGCGGGUGGUGCUGGGGGUUGCGGAGCUUGGGGGCGCUGAGCCUGCGAGUGCGGAGCCUGGGGGUGCUGAGCCUACGAGUGCGGAGCCUGAGGGUGCUGAGCCUACAAGCGCGGAGACUGGAGGUGCUGAGCCGGAGGGUGCCAGGUCGGGGGGUGCUGAGUCUGCUGGUGUUCCUCUGGGUCUCUCCUCACGACGGGGGCCUCUCUCACCACAGCAGCUGCGCGAGUGGCUUGCGUGGCGCGCCAGCCUGAGGAGUCGUGCUGCUGGAGCUGGAGGUCCUGCUGCUGGAGGUACUCGACCUGGAGGCCUUGGAGCUGGAGGUGUCCGUUCUGGGGGUGCAGCUGCUGGAGGUACUGGGGCUGGAGGCCCUGGAGCUGGUGCUGUCGACCCUAGAGUUGAAGACUCUGGAGCUGGAGACCCUGGAGCUGGAGGUGCUGGUUCUGGGGGUGCUGCUGCUGGUGGCGCUGGAGCUGGAGGUGCUGGAGCUGGAGGUGCUGGAACCGGAGGUUCUGGAGCUGCUGGAGGCGCUGGAGCUGCUGGUGCUGGUGGGACUGGUACUGGUGGCACUGCGCAGCCGCGACUGUUCUUCGCUCCGCCAUCACCGUCGUCUCUGCCACCGCCUGACUCCGUGCUUCGCCAGGUUCUUACCCUCCCGUCUUCUACUGGCCUCCCGUUACAGCCAGGCUCACCACUGCCUGCUCCUUCUCCUUACCCUGAGCAGACAGAACGCUUACAGAGCGCCGUGAGCCUGCGUCUCGUCCUACCUCGCCUGUUCGCGCUCUUUGCACUGGUCGUCGUGUUCCUCCGUGUUCCCCUGCCGUCUCCUCCUGCGUCUUCUCUGCCUGACGUUCCGGACCCUGAGUCUGACCUGUUUCGUGCUGCUCACCCUACUAACACGCGUCUGUUAGCCACUGUUGUCACUGACCCGUCGUUUGAGUCUGCUGUUGCGUCUGCCUUAGUUGUUGAGCUUGAGAAUUUUGCUGCUGCGCGUCGUCUAGACUGCGCCGCCAGUCGUGUUGCUGAGUCUGAGUCUGCAGGAGGACUUGCGGCUGCUGUACCUCAUCUCGUGGCCAUGCUGCUUGCACCUGAGGGAGACCCGGAUGCAUCAGACAUCCCGACCCCGCGCUCUUACGCAGAGGCGAUCUUGGGUCCCUACUCCUCUCAGUGGCAGACAGCCAUGGAUGCAGAGAUGGCAUCCUGGAAGUCCACAGGCGUCGACGUAGUUCCCCCUCCUGGGGCGAACAUAGUCGAUGGCAUGUGGAUUUUAAGGGUGAAGCGGCCGCCGGGUUCUCCGCCUGUCUUCAAGGCUCGUUACGUUGCACGAGGCUUUAGUCAGCGACAGGGAGUUGACUUCUUCCAGACCUUCUCCCCUACCCCGAAGAUGACCACUCUUCGGGUGCUGCUGCACAUUGCCGCUCAGCGUGACUACGAGCUUCACUCACUGGACUUCAGCACAGCCUUCUUACAGGGCAGCCUGCACGAGGAGAUCUGGCUGCGCCGCCCACCUGGCUUCACUGGGUCGUUUCCUCCUGGUACCCAGUGGAGCCUCCGCCGGCUAGUCUACGGUCUCCGCCAGGCGCCUCGUGAGUGGCACGACACACUGAGGACCACACUUGCGGCUCUUGGGUUUGCUCCUUUGACUGCUGACCCGUCGUUGUUUCUGCGCACCGACACUUCGCUGCCGCCGUUCUACAUCCUCGUGUACGUCGACGACUUGGUCUUUGCUACUGCUGACACUGAGGCACUCGCCCUUGUGAAGUCGGAGCUGCAGAAGAGACACACGUGCACACACCUGGGUGAGCUGCGCAGCUACCUUGGCUUGCAGAUCACCCGGGACAAAGCACGGCGCACCAUCACCCUGACUCAGUCACACAUGGUGCAGCAGGUCCUUCAGCGCUUCGGCUUCACUUGGUCCUCGCCACAGUCCACUCCUAUGGCUACCGGUCACUCGCUCUCAGCUCCACCUUCGGACGAUUCCGUAGAGCCGAGUGGCCCGUAUCUAGAGCUUGUGGGCUGCCUCAUGUACCUGAUGACCUGCACUCGACCUGACCUUGCCUACCCUCUUAGCAUCCUGGCUCGCUACGUUGCGCCUGGGAGACACUGA